UGAGUGUUCAAAUAUCAUUUCCCCCAUUUUCAAAAACAGGGGUAAUGAUCACGUUGCUCAACUCCAGAGGAUUUAUAAAAUGAAAGAGAAUUGGCCCGGGAGCCUUGCAAAGGCGAGGUAUCUACUUCAUUUGUUUGUGCCCUUCAGCACCUGGCACGGCACCUGGUACCUCUCCAGUGAGUCUGGUCCAGACCAAAUCACUGAAUUCACCUGUUCCACCUGACGUGUAAGGAAACCGAAACCCAGGGAGGGACAGCGACGGGAGAUCAAACAUGGAAAGUGGCCAGUACCUGACCUGUGUUGAGCACCCGAUCCACCCUGGGAACCUCAACCCCCGGAGGAGCCAGCCCAUCAACCUGAACCACUAUGCCACCAAGAAGAGCGUGGCAGAGAGCAUGCUGGACGUGGCCCUCUUCAUGUCCAACGCCACACGGCUGAAAGCGGUGCUGGAGCAGGGACCGGCCUCCCACUACUACACUGCCCUUGUCACCCUCAUCAGCAUCUCUCUGCUCCUGCAGGUGGUCAUCGGAAUCCUCCUCGUGGUCAUUGCACGGCUGAACCUCAAUGAGGUAGGAAAGCAGGGCCAGCUUAACCAGCUCAACAACACAGCCACCAGCCUGGUCGCCAUCACGAUCGUCAUCAAUGUCUUCAUUACAGCCUUCGGGGUACACAAGACAGGCUCCCUGACUGCCAGGACCUCAAGGAAUCCUCUCUGAACAUAGCCCUGGGACCCAGGUCCUAGGUCUGGAACAGCUUCCGCCUCUCCUACCCGCUCUACUAGGCUGAGGGGCCCUUUCCACAGCCCCUGGGAGAGCUUGAGAAGGGCGAUGGAGAUGCCCUUGCUCCCCACCCAGAGCAUCUGAAUGAAGAUGUGCUAUUUCACUGGUCUGAGUGAAUUCCAUCUUGGGCUGGAGUCCUGAGCUCAGAAUGGGGUACUGCCGACCUUUCUUUCUGGUAGUAUCUCCUGCACCUGAGGCGUGUCUACCUAAGGCCAAGCCCGCCCGGCUUCAGGACCUCUUACUCCACCUCAUUCCUUUCCUCCAUGCUAUCCAUUCCCUCUGCUCCAGGCCCAGUUCUCCCCUUUUGUAAAACGGAAUGAUCUCUAUCUAUAAAGUUUUCUGCAAAUGCACUCUGAGUCAAUCUUUAUGCCUCCGGGUUGGUCUCUGGAUGCCCUCUCCUGCUGUGUUCUGGAAAGGGCUUGACUCCCUCUCCUCUGGGUCCUGCUCUGAGUCAGCUUUUCUGGCCCCACAUAGCUUGGGCUAGUUACCAUCUGCUACAUCAAUGGCAGAUUACUUAGUUCUGGAUUGAUCCAUGUUUAUGCACAAUCCUUUUUGAAAACCUGUUAUAGCUUUCAAAUUAGCACCUUCCCUUAGGCAUGUGCUUAAGGCAUACAAACUCAUUUUGAUCUUUGCCUUAGCCAAAGAGAUCGAGGAAGGUAAAUUUGUACCUGUAAAGACCCAACCAGGCAUCCCUACCUCACACA